ACUUGCUAAUAACAUCGAUUCACUCAAGUAGUAACUGGAUCGAAUAAUCGUUGAAUUUAUUGAAUGGAAAUUAAAAACGUGAUGAUAAUUGGAAGGAAAGAAAAAGAUAAUAUGACGCGGGUAAUAUAUGGACGCCGAAUUUCGUGCGAUACGUCAGCUUGUUAGUGAGAGAGAGAGAGAGAGAGAGAGAGAGAGAGAGAGAGAGAGAGAGAGAGAGAGAGAGUGGGAGAGAGAAGUAUCUUAUAAGCGCAUCUUUGUCAGCUACGGCACCGUUCACUUAUUAGGCGCAUUAUCGACGUGCUUUAUCGACCGUAUAGCCAUCUAGAUUCUCGAUCUUUCUGUGUCAAGCAACCGUCACGGACACAUCGAUCGACAUCGCUCCAUGUCUUUUAUCUGUUGAAAGUGAGUCUUGCGCGGAAAUAAGUGUCGGGAAUGUCGAAAGUAGCGAUGUGCGAUCGUCAGGACGUAUCAGCGGAGCUCGUCCAGGUCAGGCUCGCCGAGGGAAAUCCUGUCUGCAAGAGAGGAUCUCUGACUGACCAUGUAAUACGCGACAUUUUCACGAAUGACCUCGGCCGAUGGAAGGCACAUUACGUUUCACCUGCUGUCAGCAUCUUGCCGCAAAGGAAAGUGACAUUACGUCAGAUGUCAUUCACAAAAACGGACCACUUUGCGAGGGUGCGAGAAAGUAAUCUCCAAAUCACUCUAACCGCGAAUGGAGAACGGCGAUCGCACAGAAGGACCGAGAGAUCCUGCAAGAGAUCGCGCAAAGUGCAGCCCGACUUCGAGAAUUCCACACUGAGAGGACGGUCGGAGAAAUUGGAGACCACCGGUUCUUCUUCUUCUUUGAAAUCCGGGGCCUACCUUGCAACCGUAGAUUCUCGGAUGCGACUGCUAUGGGCUUGUUCACGAAGAUUGGAGGCCGUCGCCCGUCGCAUCUCCUCCUUUCUCAUUGCGAUCAAGUAAGUUCCACCGUCACGUUCGAGGAGCUCACCUUCGCGCAAACCGUCUUGAAUUUAUGGUUCAACAUUUUCUUUUUAAUUGAUCUACCACGCCUCCUCCUCUUUUUGAAAGAACGAAGAUCGUAAGUGGGCCAAUUCGGAGCUUUCAGUUAUAGUUAUAGUUAGUUAUAGUUAUAGUUUUUUAGCAAUGACACAUCUUAGCAAAAACAAUUCUUUCAAAAUACCGAUUUGAGGUGAAAAGAUGAGCUCCUCGAGAUUUUUCGGUGAAAUCUUGGCGUGUCGAGAGAUCUCGACGAAUAUAAAUCGUUAGCCCCUUCGACACUUUGAGGCACAGUGGAACGCCAGCGUUCCAUUUAUUUUCCUUUUCAGUGAUUUUAACUAAUUUAUCGGCAGACAUAGUCGAUUAUAUUGUUACUAUAACGGUAAUGUACGCGUCGAAUAUAUUUGCAUACAAACUCGAUCGUGCGCAAUCCUCAUCACAAAACUGCUCCUCGCGUCGACAAAACUCCGGGGAGUUCCUUCAAUAAAGGGACAGCGGUGAUGUAAAGUAAUUCAGCAUUUAUUGUGAUUCACCUCGAUGCUUCCUUAUUUAUAGUAUUUAUAAUAAUAAUUCAUAAUUCAUCGUAAUAAUAAUAAUAAUAAUAUAAUAAAUUGUUAUUUAUAGAAUUAUUGUACAUCGAUAUAUUAUUUAGCACAUUCGCUUCGGGCGAUUUUUACUUGAAGACGAGGCGUCUUGUUCCGCGAAACGAAUGUGCUAAUAGAAGAUCUAUUUCAUACAUACAUAUAUAUUUAUUUAUUUAUAUGACUUCUCUCUGUCUGAUUCGAUUAGAUUCUUAAAACUUUAUCACCUGCCGAGAGCGAAUCCUGGCAACGAGAGCGAGAAAACCAGCUUAAUAACUCCGAAAUCAAAUAAAGAAACAGGGAACACACACACACAUAAACACGCACACAACAGAUGCACUCACAUACGCGCACUCAUCUCCGGAACAUCGUGGCUCAUACAUUUUUUUUAUCCUGCCGAAAGGACCCGCCAUUCCCGGCCAUCGACGAUUAAUACUCGAAAAAUGAAAUUUUCAAUAUCAAUCGUUGCCAUUGACUACAUCGUAAUUUAUUAUCGUAUCGUACGUAUUGUACGCGGUAAUUGUAAUUCAUUGUCGGUAUAAUGUUGUUACAUUUAUCGGUAACAAAUAUCGAGAUAACGGCCGAGGAGAGGAAGCCCGCCACUUUCGUUUCUCGUCACGUCGGAAGCCGGAAGCUGUGAGCGCGAUAAUCGGACACGUCGACUCGCAGAAAACACACAGGCCGGUAUUCAUAGUCAGGUCUUAUAUUUAAAGCCGUCUUAAAUUCACCUUCGGAUGUUGUACAGAUCAUUUCAUUGGCUACAGAAUACCUGAAGAUGAACUUAAGACGGUCUUAGAUAUAAGAUUCGACUACGCACU